AUGAGCGCACAAUCCUCGCAGGUGCGGCAACCACCGGCAACCCCCACUUACAUUUUACGCGGCCACGCCGCUGCCAUCCACGCGCUACAGAUCUUCCACCAGAACCUAAGGCUCGUUUCAGGAGACGCAAACGGAUGGAUUGUUGUAUGGGACCUGGUAUCAAAACGCCCUCGAGCGACUUGGAAGGCCCAUGACGGCGCUGUCCUUGAAGUCAAGGGGUUUAACUUCAGAAAUGGCGCUGUUACAGAGGUGUUCACGCAUGGAAGAGACCACAAACUGCGCGUAUGGAGAUUCAGCGUCCAGGACGAGGAGAAUCUUCAGAAGACCCUCCCCGUGGACAUCGAGAAACCCUCCUCAGCUGCCGCAAGCCAGCCAUGGCUGGUGCAUUCGCUGCCAGUGAAUGCGCUGAAUUUCUGUGCCUUCUCCAUGGUUUUCCUUCCCCAGGAUAAGGCCAACAUGGCAAGCGAUGCCGAUGAGUCCUCGAAAGAGAACACAUCGCUUUCAUCAGUGCUUAUUGCCGUCCCUAAUGCUCUGAACUCUGGCGCGAUCGAUCUCUUCCAUCUCCCCCAGGAGAGACGUAUCUGUACCAUUCCAGCAGACACGGACGUACAAACUGGAAUGGUCAUGGCGGCUAACCUCGUCAUAUCCCCAUCUGGGGAGCUAUAUGUUGCUUCCGCUUACGAAGAUGGUCGCGUUAUGGUUCAUGGCUGCAGGGGAUCCUUGCAGGAGAAAGACCUGGCACAAGGUGCCAAAACGCCAUGGAAGUGGGAGAAGUUGUACAUUUGCCGCGCUCACUCGCAACCAGUGUUGUCGCUUCAUGUCUCACCUGCUGGCAAUUACUUCUUUUCUUCAUCCGCCGAUGCGGUACUGGCGAAGCAUCCCAUUCCGACGCUGGGUAGCCCAGGACAUGCCCCGGAAGAGUCACCGAUCAAAUCGAUCAACACGAAGCAUGCGGGUCAGCAAGGUGUGCGGAUACGGUCUGAUGGGAAGAUUUUCGCGACUGCGGGUUGGGAUUCUAGGGUCAGAGUCUACUCGUGCAAGACGAUGAAGGAACUAGCGGUCUUGAAGUGGCAUAAAGAUGGAUGCUACACUGUGGCAUUUGCGGAUGUUGAUGUGUUUGAUGUGCGUGAGAAGAAAGCAGAUGAAGAAAAGCAGCCUACGCUCGUCAGCAAGGCAGAGACGGAAUUCUCGCUUGCAACGGUGCAUCGCCAAAGAUACGAGAAGGCGCAGAAUACGCAUUGGUUAGCGGCUGGGUCAAAGGACGGAAAAAUCUCAUUGUGGGAUAUCUAUUGA